AUGACUCGUAUAAAAUCGGAUAUUGAACAAGGAAUACUAACUAUGGAAACAACUAGAUACUACUUCUCGGACAGCAACAACACUCAUGCACGUAACAUUCACAUAUUCACAGACUCAAGUAUGAAGGCCUACGGGGUGCGCAUACAUCGUUUCCGGGAAGGAGAGUUCAUUCGUUAUGGCAAAAAAAACAGAGUUGCGCCUAUCAAGAAAAUGACGAUACCAAAACUAGAGUUGAUGGCGGCAUUAUUUGGUGCAAAACUUGCAGAUCAUAUUACAAAGAGCUUGGAAUGUGAACAUGUGACACUGUGGAGUGAUAGCCAAGUAGUUUUAAGCUGGCUUGUGUCUUCAAAACAACCUGACGUUUUUGUGAAAAAUAGAAUCAAGCAAAUCCAUGAGUUGACCAGUACAUUCAAGUGGCGAUAUUGUCCCACAGAUUCGAAUCCGACUGAUUUACUAUCUAGAGGUGUUACAUUCAACAAGUUCCAAGACAACAAACUAUGGAUGCACGGAACGGAGUGGUUAACGGCAGAAGAUACCUUACCAGUAUUUCACAUGACGCUGUCAUCUGUAACAAAUAAGAGCAGAAAUAGAGAGAAACGAUGUGAUCCACCAAUACUAGAAGAAACAGAGAAUGCCUUAUGCAUAUGGUUAAAAGAUGCGCAGUGUACAUGCUUUCCAGACAUCUACCUAAAUGACACAUUGAACAAAAAAUCCAGCAUCGUAAAACAACUAGACAUAUACAUUGAUGAAAAGAAUGUUAUACGCUGUGGCGGUCGUAUUUCAAAUGCACCCUUAGAUGUUAACAGUAGGUUUCCUUUUCUGUUACCGAAAGAUCAAAGAUUGACAGAUUUGAUCGUUACAUCCGCACAUAGAAGGCAAUUACAUUCCGGAACUGAGAGUACAGUUACCUUCCUCCGACAAAAGUUUUGGAUUCCUAGUAUACGUCAAAAAGUGAAGUCAAUAAAACACAAGUGUAUUAUUUGCAGAAAAAAUACUGGCAAACCUUAUCAUGUCCCCAACGCCCCAACAUUGCCGAAAGAUAUAGUAUAG